UAUUUUAGGCUUUAAAAAAAUAUUAAGAUGCUGAUUAAAAAUGAAGAGCCACUGUUUGCUUUUUUGGGGGAAUAAUCAAAAUUUUGCACUAAUUUAGAAUGUUCAAAUGCUGAUAGACCUCAACGUUUACAAAUCAGUACUCAAUAUCUGGAUUCAUUUUCUGUGGGGAAACAGUUGAGUAUGAGGGAGAUUCAGUUAAUGGGCGAGUGAGUAAUUAUCUAACAGCCCAACGGGUUCAGUUCGGUUUGUUGCCCGCCUAAUGUUGGGCAAACAAGACGAUUUCCUGGAGGAGUUGGGUCUCUUGGUCCCAGUGCUGACACUGGUUCGGGCUUUUGUUUGUUUAGAAUUUCAUUGGGUCUGGGAUUAAAUAUCUGGAUUAAAUGUAAACUGGAUAAGUAAAGUCAAUAGGGCUAUCGAUGCAACUGGAGUCCUUUCUAUCUAAUGGAUUUUAAAUGAAGAAAAAGGAGGAAUGUGUUCAAAUGCAGUGUAUUAGUUACGUUAAUGCAGGGAUACUUUAAGACUCUCCUGUCCAUCAUAGCAAGCAGUACUAAUCCGCAAUCAGUCUUCCUCUGGACAGCUUCAGAAUAACACACAGCGGUGGUUUCAGUGAGCAGCUACUGAACAAGAAAGACCUCGUCAUAUCAACAACUCGCUUCCAGAGUUGGAUCUGUCACCAUUGUACUUGGGGUGAAAUAAUGAGCAGCUCAGAAGCUGAGGUGUACAGUAGCGUGGGUGGAUCGUCGAGCUGUUUGGAAGAAAUAUCCUUUAGAAUUUCUGCAGCACUGGAGAAUAACUCUGCAGAAGAACGUGUGGUAAUUUCCCCUCUGCCAGAUAUCUGCUUGACUCAUUGCUUUGAGAUAUUGACGCAAACGCAGUAUGACUUCUCUCUGGAAAAGGAGGUGUUGGAGUGGAUCAGAGAGCGCGGGGUGACGGAGCGGGUCAGGGCUGUGCCCACGUGCCCGCCCUUCUGGCUGGCCUUCCCCGAUCCCGAGGAGGAAAGCUCCGAGGAUCCGAACGACGACAGCCCCUGCGAUUACUCCAAGGCCAUGAGAGGCCACGUGAUUCUGCAGACCCGCAGGUGCCGGAGUUUCAGCGUGACCGACGACCGCCACAUUCGCCCCCGGGUCGCCUACAUCUCGUCAGAGAGCGACGACGGUUACUCGGAGGACGACGAACUCUCCUCCUCGGACGAGAGCGAGGACAAGAAGUUCAAGCUUCCCUCAGUGCCCAUCCCCAGAGUCAAAUGUAAUUCAUACUCCAGGCUGCUGGACGGCAGGCCAGCCUCCUCGCCUUUCUUGGACAGCGCUUCGCGGAGUAAAUACUGUGAGAAGCACCGGAACGUCAACGUCACCAGACUCCCCCACAUCUAUGGGCUGAAGAUGUCGACUCACUCGAGCGGCACAGACGCCGAGCAGGAGGUGGGCAAGAGAUGCAGCCCCAGUUGGCUGCAGGACCAUCAUCAUCACCACCAACAACAACAAGCGCCCAAGAAACUUUACCGCAAAUCCUUCUCUCAACUCCAGCCCAACAGGAACAGCAAAAACCCAUUCAUGCCGCAGUUCGGAUCUGGAAGUCCUCCUCUCGCCUUCACCCGGCGACACCUGGCCAGGUCUUCCCCGCCCAGCCCUAUAGCCCCCAUUCGAAGACACAAGCCGCCAAUCCCGUCUCUCAGCCCUUACUCUUGCCUUCCGGCGCCUCCAUCAACCUCGAAGCCUUUAGAUUCUCACAAACCUCUCCCAGACUCUUACUCUGACCUGCUGCUGGCACUGAGCCAAAAAGAGCAGGAGCUCAUCCAGACUGUUGUAGAUCGGGGCUAUCCUAUCAGGAGAGUCAUUUGGGCCAUCCAGAACAUUGGACAACGGAGUACACAACAGAUUGUGGCUUACCUGAGUGCCUGGGACCGACUGUGCAAGGAGGGCUAUGAGGAGCCUCUGGUGGAAGAAGCCUUGGAGAUAUUCCAGAACUCGGAAGCAAAGGCGGCAGAAUUCCUGACUCUGGUGACGCAGUUCAAUGAGAUGGGCUUCCAACACGAAGAUAUCAAGGAAGUUCUUCUCGUCCACAACAACCAUCAGGGGAGAGCACUGGAAGAGCUCAUGACACGAUCCUGAUCACUACAGCCUGAACUCUGCUGUGUCGUGUUCAGUAAAUACAAUACAAA